UCUUUUUCCACCAGCUUGAAACCCUUGUUACGCCGCUCUUACAAUUUCUCCUUCCGAAGCUUCUCUACUUCAAAAAAUAAAAAUGGCUGCAAAUGGCAUAGCUUCCUCUGCUCUCUUCUUCCGCGUCAAAAAGCUCUCUGAUAACGCUGUUUUGCCCUCUAGAGGCUCUCCUCUCUCUGCUGGUUAUGAUCUCUCCAGUGCAACGGAGACGAAAGUGCCUGCCAGGGGAAAGGCUCUAGUACCUACAGAUCUUAGUAUUGCCGUUCCUGAAGGAACAUAUGCCCGCAUAGCUCCAAGAUCAGGAUUGACCUGGAAGCAUUCUAUAGACGUUGGGGCAGGUGUGAUCGAUGCUGACUACAGGGGACCAGUUGGAGUUAUACUUUUCAACCAUUCUGAUGUUGAUUUUGAAGUGAAAAUUGGUGACAGAAUAGCUCAAUUGAUCAUUGAGAAAAUCAUCGUGCCAGAAGUCGAGGAGGUUGACGAUCUAGACUCCACAGUUAGAGGCUCUGGAGGCUUUGGAUCAACUGGAGUUUGAAACCCUUUAGCUUGAAUUAGAAUCAUAAAUAUUGAUCACUAUAUUUACUAGGAUGUUGUUUUGAUGUAGCUUCACUUGUGCUUUAUGCUUUGCCAAUGUUGAUCUCUGUGUUUUAAGUUCUCUUAUGAGUUUAGGUUCUUUUGUCCAAUGGAAAUUAAAUUUUGGAAAUU